CUCAAGAACGGAUUAAGAAUAAAAUAUAAUAAUAAUAAUGCGAUACUGAGGCACAGAGCAUCCAUUCACCCACCGACUACGACGACGAGGAGGAGGAGACGCGAGAGGAAGGAGGCGGGAGCUGCGCGCUUAGCGCCCCCUUGAAGGUCGUUUGGCAUCUUCCAUUCAUUCCGUCUAGCGCUUCGCCACGCCGCCUCAGAAACAAUCGCUUGGCUUUAAAAAUUAAAUUAAAUUUUAAAAAGGAGACAAAUUUUCUUCCUCUGAGCUCCCAAACGUCACCCCUUCUUUGCAGCAGCUCGAAAAAGAUUCCGAGAGCGACCAAGGGAGAGCCAGAUCUUCUAACAAAGGAGAGACCCCCUCCCCCGAAGGCGGGGCGCGGGAGAAACACCUCAGCUUGGGCUUCUUUUUUUCGUGAAGACGGAGGAAAAAAAAGAGGGAUCGGCUGCAUUAACAGGUUUUCAGGCUCACAUUACAGGUGCUACUGAUCUCUAAAGACCAGGCAGGCUUCAGAAUAAGUUCACUAAAUCAAGAUGCCUUUCAAAGCAGGCCUAGAAUUAACCGAGAUGCAGAAUAUGACAGUUCCUGAGGAUGAUAACAUCAGCAACGACUCCAAUGAUUUCACAGAAGUAGAAAAUGGCCAGAUGAAUAGUAAAUUUAUUUCAGACCGCGAGAGCAGAAGAAGCCUAACCAACAGCCACUUGGAAAAGAAGAAAUGUGAUGAAUAUAUUCCAGGCACAACUUCAUUGGGAAUGUCUGUCUUCAAUCUCAGCAAUGCCAUUAUGGGCAGUGGAAUAUUAGGUCUUGCCUUUGCGUUGGCCAACACAGGAAUCCUGCUCUUUACGUUGCUUUUGAUUUCAGUGACGUUGCUAUCUAUUUAUUCAAUAAACCUCCUGUUGUUGUGUGCCAAGGAAACAGGCUGCAUGGUCUAUGAAAAACUUGGCGAGCAAAUUUUUGGCACCCCGGGGAAGUUUAUUGUUUUUGGAUCCACAUCUCUUCAGAACACUGGAGCAAUGCUGAGCUAUCUCUUCAUAGUUAAAAAUGAACUACCUGCUGCCAUAAAGUUCCUUAUGGGAGAAGAAGAAACAUUUUCGGCCUGGUACGUGGAUGGGAGGCUUCUUGUCGUAACAGUGACGUUCUGUAUAAUCCUUCCCUUGUGUCUUCUUAAAAAUUUAGGGUAUCUCGGCUACACCAGUGGAUUUUCCCUGACUUGCAUGGUAUUUUUUCUCAUAGUGGUUGUAUACAAGAAAUUUGAAGUUCCUUGUCGUCUGGAUGAGAAAAAUGCCACCGCGCCUCUGUCUCCAAACUCUAGCAUUGCCUAUGUGGAUAUGUGCCAACCCAAGUAUGUCACCGUUAAUUCCAAGACCGUGUACGCUUUGCCUACCAUUACAUUUGCAUUUGUCUGCCAUCCCUCGGUUCUUCCAAUCUACUGUGAACUUAAAGAUCGUUCACAGAAGAAAAUGCAGAUGGUUUCAAGAAUCUCUUUCUUCGCCAUGUUUGUCAUGUAUUUCUUGACUGCUAUUUUUGGCUAUUUGACAUUUUAUGAAACCGUGUCAUCAGAUCUGCUUCACAAGUAUCAGAGUAAAGAUGACAUCCUCAUCUUGACAGUCCGUGUUGCUGUCAUAGCUGCAGUCAUCCUCACAGUCCCAGUGUUAUUUUUCACUGUGCGUUCUUCUAUAUUUGAGCUUACUAGAAAAAACAAAUUUCACAUGUGCCGUCACGUUGUGGUUACGGUGAUCCUUCUGGCGAUCAUUAACUUGUUAGUUAUUUUCAUACCUUCCAUGAAGGAUAUUUUUGGAGUUGUAGGGGUAACUUCUGCCAAUAUGCUGAUUUUUAUUCUCCCGUCAUCACUUUAUUUAAAAAUCACCCACCAAGAUGGAUCCAAACUGAUUCAGAGGAUUUGGGCCUCUCUCUUUUUGGCAUUAGGAGUAAUGUUUUCCCUGGUGAGCAUUCCUCUCGUCAUCUAUGACUGGGUACAUUCAGGAGACACUGCUGAAGGCCACUGAAGUUAAUGGGACAUUAAGAAGAAGACAUUUCCAUUUUGCUACUCACACCAAAAUCAUUAUUAUCCCAUUUUGUUAAUAUGCCCAUCCACUCUUUGUGAGCAUCCUUCAUGAACUCAAAACAAUGGAAUACCAGUAGAAUGCAAUGUUCUACUGUGGGUUGCAGCCAACUAAGUAUUACUCAAGAGUAGUCCCACUGAAAUUACCAGUGAUGGAUACAAGUUAGUCAUGCCCAUUGAUAUCAGUUGGUCUACUCUGAAUAGGACUAACAUUGGCUACAACCCAAUCAUUUUAUGUUACCUUAUUUUAAAUGUUAUCCUUCAUGUUCCCACAAGCUACUGGAUCAGUAUUAAGUUUAUGGUGGUGGUCAGUACAAUUUUGCAUACUCAUAGAUUUGUCCAUUGGCCAUUGGUGUUCUGUGUGUGGUAACUGACACUAAAAUAAUUGAGGGUAUAUACUUGCAAAUUAAUAUAUCAAUUUGUUUUCAACUACAAUCAGUUAACCAGCCUUGAUCAAACUAGAGAGCACUUCCUGGAGAUAAGUUUACCUCUACCUGAUUGUUCUCGUCCAGCAGUGUGCUUAGUGGAUAGAUAACCAUUAGGUCACAUAUGUACGUAAUCUAUAGGGUCUUUCAUAUCCGUGAACAAAGCCUGUACACUAUUAAGCCUUAGUAGAUCCCUACAGGAAGUUGUCUUUUGCACACUCAGUUUGUGAGUUCCAUGUAUGCAUGUUUGGUUUAUUUUCAAAGAAAUGGUUUGUGUUCAGAUAGUUGUCCCCUGGGGAUGUGAACAAAUUCAUAAGGUUGAUUGCUGCCAAUUAUAGAACUGUUGGUUUCAAUCUGGAGCUGCGGAGGUGGUGGCUUCUUAAUGAGCACUGCUGGAAGGAUGUCCUAGAAAAGAAGGGAAGAUUUCCCUAGACUUUGGCCCAGGACUUUAAAAGCAGGAUACACUUCUGAAUCACAAAUGGUUAUGAAGCUGAACACGAACAGACUCAGAACGGGUGUUUGUCUCAGCUAAAUAAGUGGUCUGACAAUCAUUUGAAAGCAAUGCCACAAAUAAAAGCCCUGAUGGAACUUCAGGAAAUUGACCUCGGGCUGACCACUGAAAAGUGAGCAUGCAGAGCUACGGCAAGCUUUCAGGUGAACAGAGCAGACCCUGUUCCCUUUGAAAUGUACCGUUGGUGAAGGCAGUUAUCACCACUAUGAAGGAUCUCACUGGAGGUCACAGACAGACAUCUUAACUGCCAGCCCUUGGUAGCUUUUGCGUAUUGUGGUAGAAAUUCUUGCGUGUGUAUUUCCCGGUUUGCAUUUGAGUUUGUGUGGUGGGUGUGUAUGCUAUAGUGUAGCAGGCAGCCAGGCUCCACAAGGUUAUAAAAUUCACUUGGCUAUAUCUCCCCAUGAACCUUGCAGUGGAGGCAGGGAAAUCUCUCUCAGCCUGACAAGGGAGAAGAGUUUGAUGAGAAGCCACUGCUUAAACAGAGUGGAUGUAGGCAACCAUUUACCAAUUGGAAAGUCAGCACAGUUUGCAAAUAUGAUUAAUGUUGUCCUUUCAAAUGAUAAGGAGAAUCUUACCACAUACCAAGUGAAGGUGUGCAGGAGUUGAUCACCUGUAUCCAUCCAACCACAUUCAGCCUCUGUUCUGAUGACAGACUCUAUGGGAAUUAGAGUCUGUAUCAGCAGCCUUCGACUUUUUCAGACCCAGUCUCAUCAUUAACCCAAACAUACAUUUGGGGACUCAUUUCUCCUGUUUUUACCAUGCAUUUGUACAGUAGGUUGGGCGCUGCUGGACUCACACUAGUAGAGAGUCCUGACCCACCAAUUGAAGACCAGUGGUCUACAACAGAGUUUCCCAACUGGUGGUUGGACCCCAAGGGAUCCAUGUAACCUACCCUUAGGGUCCAUGGAACAUAGCCAUCAGCUAACCAUGAUAGCCUGUGUUUUUGGGGUGCUCUCGCAUAAGAGCACUGUGCCCCAAAACACACGAGAUCGCGGCACCCGAAAACGUAUGCGGGUCACAUGACUUGUGACUUGUGCGAGCUCGCGGCCUGGAAAAUGUGCGUCCUGUUUUGCACUGGGACAUGUUGGAAGGUAUGGUGGCACCACCGACAUAACAAAAAACUGCCACAGAUAUAUCAGCAUUUUCAAAAAUAGGGGUUCCAUAGCUAAUUGAGAGCCUCUGCCCUUGAAGGCAGAUAAGACACUUUCACUGGAACAGAAUGCUGCUGACCAAUUAUUGACAGGUGCCACAUAUACAGAGUGUUUAAAUCACUCUUAUAUCACUUUGACAGCCAUGGCUUCCCCCAAAGAAUACUGGGAACUGUAGUUUAAUAAGGGUGCUGGAAGUUGUUAGGAGACCUGUAUUCCAUCACAGAGCUAUGAUUUGCAGAGGUCUUUAACAAUCAAGCUUUCUUCCCAUGGAACUCUGGGAAUUAUAGCUCUGCGAGGGGGGAUAAGGAUCUUAAUUCUUAGUCUUAACAAACUACAACUCCCAGGAUUCUUUAACCAGGACUGUUAAAGUGAUCUAAGAGUUGAUUGAUCUAAGCUUUGUUCUGAUUAAUAUGUGUUAAUGGGAAAGGGGCUUGCAUAGGUUUUAACAUUUCAGCAGUUUAUAUGGCUUUUAAUUUAUUUUGUCAACUAUUCCAGACAAUUUUUAAAGCUGAGAAACAGCACAUAAAUAUUGUAAAUAAAUAUUAAAUUUGGAUGGAAUUUAGAAUGAGUCCCACCUAUCCAGAACCAGUUAAGAACAGGUUGUGAGAAUCUCUCUCUGUUGUGUCAGGAGCAAUUAAAGAUAAACCAAACUUAUUUCUAAAACAAGUCAAUGCUGCAGUUCUAUUGUCUUUGUUUUUGGAGUUCUCCUUCAUUAUUUCCAAUAUACUUGGUUUGGGGUACAUGUCUGGAAAUGUUGGGAUGGUUCAGACUUAAUCAUGCUUAGAGCAGACCUAUUGAAAUCGCUGAGACUUAAGUGACCAACUUACAUUGAUUCUGAUUUCAAAGCAGAAUCCAGCUCACGGGAAUCACUUGAACUGUUUGUCUUUACUGUAAAAAAAAUUAUUCUAUUUAAUUGUACCUCUUUCAAAAACCCUUUUAUUGGCAUUUUGUUUCCAUUGCUGCGCCCGCAGCUUUGAUUUACAUAUGCUGCUUAAACUCUUUGUAGGUUUAAAAGCUAUUGAGUAUUUCCUCAAAAAGCUGUGCCCCGUUUUCUAGAUUGCAUUGAUAAUAGUAUCUCUUCGAUCGAAGCUUUCAUAGAAUCAUAGAGUUGGAAGAGACCACAAGGGCCAUCCAGUCCAACCCCAGGCACUGAAAUGAAAGCAAGCAGGUUCAGGGGUGAUUGCAGUGUAUGACAGAUAAAUCUCCUUGGUACCAUAGUGGUAUUUGUAAAUUCAAAUGUUUAGUUUUAUGUUAAGAGGAUUUCUACACACUACACACCCGCCCACCCCACAAGAACAUAAAGCUAAAAGGGAGAGUGUACCAGCAAGGCUGAGAAAUAGUAAAAGAACUACUGAGGAAGUCGUAAGUUUCAUCUCAGUGCCUUGUAAGGAAAUACAGUUUGAAAACCACCUCAAGCAAUUAAAUGUAACGUGACAGAGAAACUGGGGAGACUUUGUUCUCUCCAGCCAUUGUCCACUCAGCAGAGACUUGUUCUGGAACAAAUGAAGAGAAAGUUGAAACUGUCUUCAGUCUGAAGGGUCACAUGAUGAUCUUUCUGCAUACACAGAUACCCCCACACUGCCUGUUAAGCUGCUCCUAAAACUCAAGAGACUAGCCUUCAAUUCAGUAGAAGGAUCUGUGUGUGUGCGUGUGCGUGCUCUUGGUUGUAGCCUGAGUUACUGCAGUGUCUGUUAUCCAAUAUAGACACCUACCAGCAUGUUUCUUUUUAAAAAAAAUCAAAUCAAAUCAUUAUAAUUGCCCUUGAGGUGUUCUGCAAUGAAAAUUUCUGGAUCACAGUUAUCCACCCUUUGGAUCAAUCAGUGUUUGUUUUAUCCAGUAUAGGCUCUGGGACAAUUGUCCUACUAAUAUUCAGCCCACCUGUAUAUUUUUUAAACCAAAACUCAUGAUUAACUGUACAUAUUUCAUAGUACUAUUUCAUAACUGCUUUUAUAAAUAUUUUGCCUCUUUUCGGAAUGUGUAGGACUUUAGAAUGUGAUAUUAUUUAUCAUUUCUGCAAAGUGCUUUACAGAUAGUAUCUUGUUCGUCUGCAAAACCACAUUGUGAAGUAGCUCAGUUAAGAGUUCCCUGUUGCAGAAUGGAGGUUUGGGGAGGGAAUGAAUUGUUCAUGACUGAGCAAGGAUUGGACUUAGGUCUCCAGUCUAGGAUUUUGUCCAUUAGACAUUUUGAAGGAUGGUACAAAAAGCAAGUUGCUGUUGGCUUCAGACUGACACAUGAAACUGUGUACUAGGUUUCGUUUUUGUCUUAAACGCUGAUAUAAAAUGGCCUGGUGAUUCCUAGAGACUCUUGGGAUUUACCAUAAUAUUGUGGUAUGCUUGCAAAUACUGUAAAUUACCAAAUGGAUGAGUAAUGGAGAAUAAUAAGCACACAAGGUGUUAGGGGUGGGGUAAGUCUCAGGGUCUUGAGAUGAGAUUCACAGGAGCAUUGUCAACAUUAAAUGAUAGUUGGUUCCCCUCAGUUUGGGAAUAAUUUUGGCAGUGGUGUAGCACAUUUCAAGCAAAGCCACAACAUCCAAGCCAUUAAUUCAUUGCCCAGGCUAUCUUGAUGAAGAUGAAUUCCAAUUAAAGCUACAGCAUAAUUGAUUUUUUUAGGUCACACUUCCAGUGUUUUGGUUUUCUAUGCCAGCCUCAAUUUACUCCUUCCCUAUCCUUCUUUUGUGCAUGUUGAUAUUGACUAGGAGCUCUGUUUUUAUUAACUUGAAUUGUUUUAAAAGGGGAUUGGGGGGGGGAAUCAUGGAACGUAAGUCUAUCAACAGCUGCUAGCCAUGAUUACAAAACAGAAUCUCCAUGUUCCAAGACAGGGAAUGCAAAUUAUUGAAGGGCAAGAGAGGGCCGGUUCCCUUCAUUACCUGCUGGGACGAUCUCCUGGAGGCCUCUAAUGGCAAACAGGAUACUAGGUGGGCCAUUGGACUGAUUUAGCAGGGGCUUAAUAGCUGGCUAUAAAGGUAUUUUCCAACCUUAGGUGAUAAAGCACAGUACAUGUGUAAUUGCUGUAGAGGAUCCAAAUACCUCCCCUCAUCCCCAGCAGUAUGUCUGUUGCAGGAAUGUCACGUUUCCCCAUCACAAUCAUUUGUCCCUGGGGGUGGGGAGAGAAAGGGAGAGGGAAAGCAAUGGGUAGCAAAACUUGCUCCCAGUUGCAUUGCAUAUGACGUUGCACUAUUGCUUGAAAACCAAAUACAAUCCGGAUGAAAUAAAGACAAGGAUAUUACAUAUGCCUUUCCUUGGUCCCCCAGUUCCACAAACUUCUUUCUGAACUUUGGACAAUAUCACAGUAGAAUGUAUUGGCUUAGCUGGUUUUUUUUAAAAGCCUCUCAGAUCUCCUCUGUCCAGGGAUCUUUCUUUAUUCGGAAGUGACCGUUCCUGAGAGUGCUUGGCAUCAGGAAAGCAUUUCCUUUUGUUUUUUUUGUUUUUUUCUUUUAAAAAAAACUGAAUGUGCCCAUUGUUUCUCAGUGUUCUGUUAUCAAAUGUGAAGAU